AUGGGCAAGAACGAUUUCCUAACCCCGAAGGCGAUGGCGAAUCGGAUGAAAGCCAAGGGUCUCCAGAAGCUCCGAUGGUACUGCCAGAUGUGCCAGAAACAGUGCCGCGACGAGAACGGCUUCAAGUGCCACUGUAUGAGCGAAUCCCACCAGCGUCAGAUGCAGGUCUUCGGUCAGAACCCACACCGCGUCGUCGAAGGUUACUCCGAGGAGUUCGAGACGACUUUCCUCGAUCUCAUGCGGCGGAGCCACCGGUACUCCCGAAUCGCCGCCACGGUGGUUUACAAUGAGUAUAUCAACGAUAGGCAUCAUGUGCAUAUGAAUUCGACGGAGUGGGCGACGUUGACGGAGUUUAUAAAGUAUUUGGGGAAGACGGGGAAGUGUAAGGUGGAGGAGACUCCUAAAGGUUGGUUUAUUACUUAUAUUGAUAGAGAUUCGGAGACUUUGUUUAAGGAGAGGUUGAAGAAUAAGAGGGUUAAGAGUGAUUUAGCUGAGGAGGAGAAGCAGGAGAGGGAGAUUAAGAAACAGAUUCAAAGAGCUGAGGAGAAGUUUAAUCCUGAUGAUGAUGAUGUUGAGAAGAAGAAGAAAGAUGAAGACUUGAUGUUGAAGAGUGGUGGUGUUAAGGUUGGGUUUUCACUUGGUGGAGGGGUUAAGCAGGUUGUUGUUACUACGGGUGAGAGCUCGAAGCGUGUGUUUGUGGAUGAAGAGGAUGAGAGAGAGGAGAAGAGGAAGAGAAGCGGAGGAGAUGAGAAGAGGAGAUCGGCUUUGGAUGAGUUGAUGAAGGAGGAAGAGAAGAAGAAGGAGAGAAUGAAUCGUAAAGCUUACUGGUUGUGUCAAGGGAUUAUUGUGAAGGUGAUGAGUAAGGCUUUGGCUGAGAAAGGGUAUUAUAAGCAGAAGGGUGUUGUGAGGGAAGUGAUUGAUAGUUAUGUUGGGGAGAUUGAAAUGCUUGAUUCUAAGCAUGUGUUACGAGUUGAUCAGGAGGAGCUUGAGACUGUGCUUCCGCAGAUUGGAGGGUUGGUGAAGAUUGUGAAUGGGGCGUAUCGUGGUUCCAAUGCCAAGUUGUUGAAUGUGGAUACUGAGAAGUUUUGUGCUAAAGUUCAGAUUGAGAAAGGUGUUUAUGAAGGAAGAGUCAUAAAAUCGAUUGAGUAUGAAGACAUAUGCAAACUUGCUUAGUUU